UACCACUAAUAAGACUUAGUUUGGCAGGCGCAUAUCAUGCAAAAUUUGCUCCUUUUCUCUGCAUUGGUAGCGUAUGCUUUGCUACAGACAUGCGAUGCUCAAAGCUUCCGCCUAUCUAACACCUUUCAGAGCAACAUGAUGCUUCAGCAAAGUCCAAAAAGGGCUCGAAUUUGGGGGUAUGGCCAAAUUGGCGCCACGGUGCUAAUUAGUUUUGAACAGUUCAGCGAUUCAGUCACGAUUGGAGGCAACGCUACGUGGUCUUUCAUUAUACCCGCGCACGUAUCGGGAGGCCCGCACUCAAUUUUGAUAGAACACAAUGCACGGAUAGGUCUCAAAGAGAGCGCGCUGUUGGAAAAUGUAUAUUUUGGGGAUAUUUGGCUCUGUGCUGGCGAAGGAAACAUGGAGCUCCCAAUGAAAGAUAUUUUAGAUUCCACGACUGAAAUUGAGAACGUGAUGCAAUACAGUAGCAAAAUCUGGACUGCGAAGCUCCAGCCGAGCACCGCAAGCAGAGAACUCAAUGAACCUUAUCCAUACAAUCAGGCUUGGAGCCAACUGAAGGCGGAAAACGUGCCUGAAUUUUCUGCCCUGUGCUUGCUGUACGCGACCAGAUUGCUGGACCAAGUGCCUGACCAUCCGCCGAUCGGGCUGAUACAGGCGACGUACGCCAGUUCGAAUAUCGAAGGCUGGAUUUCCACGCGGGUGAUCGAUGUGUGCAACACCACACAGAGCCCCGAAUUUGGACAAGGUCUGGUGGAAGAGAGCUCAAUUUGGAACGCAAUGAUCCAUCCCCUCACGUCUAAUUCCAUUAGAGGAGUUAUCUGGCACCAAGGCGAGAGCAACGUGCAGUACAACCUGCCUUACUAUACGUGUCAGUUUAAAAAUUUGACAUUUGACUGGGCAGACACGUUCUUUGACGGAACAGUCCCAACGACUCCCGAGGGCUGGUAUUUCCCAUUUGGAUUCGUGCAGCUCGGCCCGAUGGAAGGCGAAAAUGAUCAACUGGUGUCUGACCUCCGUUUGCACCAGACUUUUGAUACGGAAGUGGCGCCGAAUAACUUUAACAAUGAAACAUUUAUGGCACCUGCUUACGACCUUUACGACCCUUCGUCUCCCUUUGGAAGUGUCUACUUCCGUGACAAGCAAACGGUCGCAAGAAGACUUGCCCACUCUUUCGUGUUUCUUUACUACGACAGGUUCGACCUCGAAUUCGUUGGGCCCAUUCCUUCCAUUCGAAGAGAUGAUCUUACAAUGUGCACAGUUACGUACAGCUGGCAGGUUCAGUUUAACGGACAAGCGGGUGACCCUUCAGGAUUCUAUUUCAGACGGCUUGAUGGUGUAUGGGUGGAGGCACCCAUUUACAACGUGACCUCUGACACAUUGACCUAUAUGAUCGAGGAAACUGCGACAGAAAUGGCGUAUGGGUGGUCAGCUAAGCCGUGCGACUACAAAUCAUGUCCCGUUUACUCCACCGACCGAGGACCUGAUGGAUUGCCGGCCAUAAUCAUGUCAUUCCCUUUGUUCAAGAGCCCUUAAAUAAUAAUGUUGAUACAGUGUAUAAAGAUGGAAUGAUUUAACAAUAAAUUUUGCUUC